AAGACUUGGAGUAGCUCUCCUCUGAAGGCGGCUCGCCGUGCUGGGACUUUGACAGUGAGUGAUGGCUGGAGCACAGGCAGUUCCAGCCUAGUGCCUCAGUGCUCCUACAUACAUAGUGAGAAAGAGAGAGAGAGAGAAAGAAAGAGAAAGGGAGAGAGAGAGAAGAAAGAGUGGAUGUCAUCGCGUCACUGUGGCAGGUGCACGCUCUGCGUGGAGAGAGCAGUGGAUUUUGAGGACGGGCUGCUGCUCUUUGGUGGAUGUUAACGGCACCUCUUGCCUCUCUGCCUUCAUGUGGAGCGCCUUCUCCCAUCCACAGCACCUGCACAGGCACAGAGGACACCGGAGCACCUCCUUCUGAAUGCUUCCUGACAUUUUUUGUGUGUGUGUCUCUUCACCACGGUACUUUGAAUCCUCACAAUGAAAAACCCCCACUGGCUUUUGAAAGUUUAAGUCAUCUCAGGUGCCUUGAGCAGUUGUUAGGCAGCUGGGUUCUCUAAUCCCUCUUUUCUGUGUUUUUUUUUUUUGUUUUCUAUUUUUCUUGUAUCUGGAGCAAGGAGAAGGGAGUGCAGGUUGGCUCAUUAGAAGACUCCCUUUCCUAUACUGUUGUGUGCGACGUGUCACGACUCGGGUUACAGGCAGCAGCAGGACAAUGUAUGGAUUACCCCUCUCGCGGCCGACCAGCUCGCCCCGGGGAAGUGGCCAGUGAGCUGGCAGGACGAGGAGGAGUCAUCAGCGCUGGCGGCGUUCCAUCGCUCCGGGGAAGGACUCUGUAACAAGCUCCCUGACAACACUUACAAGCUGGUCGGAUACGAGCACGACAGGAGCAGGAGUGGAAGCACCCUUCGCAGGCUGGGUCAGAGGGGAGUGGCAGAAGAAUGCUGGUCCCGGGUGCCCAGGGGCAGGAUGUCGUUGCGUUGGCAGAGAGCUGCGGUCGUUAGAUGGUUCUUCUUGAUGCUCUUAUGGCAGUGGGCAUCCCUGGGCCCCCUCAGCUGGGUGCUGGCCCUGGCUGAGCCCAACCCCUCACCCUUCUCCUCCGUGUCCGGCCGCUCCAGCGGCCAGCUGGACUGGCUGCUCUCCGACAAAGGGCCCUUUCACCGCUGCCCCGAGUACACUGAGUUCAAGGAGCGCUUCCAGCAAGGCUUCACCACCCGCUACAAAAUCUAUAGGGAAUUCAGUCACUGGAAAGUGAACAGCUUGGCCACGGAGAAAAGAGACUUCUUCAAGGCCCCGCUGCCCUUGGCACCCGAGUUCCUGCGCAACCUCCGGCUGCUGGGACGAAGGCCGACUCUCCAGCAGAUCAACGAGAAUCUGAUCAAGAAAUAUGGCACCCACUUCUUAGUGUCCGCUACUCUUGGUGGGGAGGAAUCGCUCACAAUUUUCCUGGAUAAGCAGAAGCUCAGCAAAAAGUCCGAGGGGAAUGGCAACAGCUCAGUGGUCUCCCUGGAAAUCCUGCACCAGUUGGCCGCCUCCUACUUCACCGACAGGGAGAGCACCCUGAGGCGUCUCCACCACCUGCAGAUCGCAACCUCUGCCAUCAAGGUAACCGAGACCAGAACGGGGCCCCUCGGAUGCAGCAACUACGACAGUCUGGAUUCUGUGAGCUCCGUCUUAGUGCACAGCCCUGAAAAUAAGAUCCAUCUGAAAGGCCUGCAGGAUGUGCUGCCCGAGUUCUUGCGGAGCCGCUUCGUGGAGGCGGCCCUCAGCUACGUGGCGUGCAACUCGGAGGGCGAGCUGCUCUGCCACAACAACGACUGCUGGUGCCACUGCUCGCCCAAGUACCCCGAGUGCAACUGCCCAUUCGCCGACAUCAAAGCCAUGGAGGAGAGCCUCCGCAAGAGCAAGGAUGCCUGGGCCAAUUCCAACAAUGAGUUCAUGGGGUCAGAUGAAUUCAAGUCCUUUUUGAAUAAGCUGCCCACAGACCGGUUCCUCAACACCUCGGCCAUCCUGAGGUUCUGGACGUCGGACGGCGCUCUCCAGCGGCGUUACGGGCAGCUGGAGGCCAACACCAAGCUGGUGAUGGGCAAGGCCCAGAAGAUCGUGCGCAAGCUCUUCACCCUGAGCAAGCGCUGCCCCAAGCAGCCCAGAAUCAGCCUGCCCAGAGAGAGGGCACUGCGAUUCUGGCUGAACCGCGCACAGUCGCUCCUGUACUGCAGCGAGCACGGACUCCUGGGCACCUUCUCCGAGGAGACUCGGAGCUGCACCUGCCCGUCCGAGCAGGCAACCUCAUGCCAGGGCAGCGUGCCAUGCCAGGUGGGUGAGGGCACCUCGUGCGCCACCUGCGCAGCCGACAACGUCACCCGCUGCGGCGCUUGCCACCCGGGCAGCGUGCUGCACGCGGGCGCCUGCCGGCCCAGCAUCGCCAACUCGCUGGACCACUACGUCAACUUUGACUUUGACAUGCCGGACGCGGAGACGCGCUACCUGCUGGGCCGGCUGGACAGCCGCAUGGAGGUGCACGCCAUCUACAUCAGCAACGACGUGCGCCUGGGCAGCUGGUUCAAUCCGGGCUGGCGCAAGCGCAUGCUUCUCACGCUCAAGAGCAACAAGAACAAGUCCAACCUCAUCCACAUGCUCAUGGGCCUCAGCUUCCAGAUCUGCGCCACCAAGAACAGCACCCUGGAGCCCGUACCCGCCAUCUACGUCAACCCGUUCGGGGGCAGCCACUCCGAGAGCUGGUUCAUGCCAGUCAACCAGCAGGACUUCCCCGACUGGGAAAGAACUAAGCUGGAUGGCUCGCUCCAGUGCCAGAACUGGACGCUGGUGAUGGGCAGCAAGUGGAAGUCCUUCUUCGAGACGGUGCACAUCUACCUGCGCAGCCGUAUCGUCACGGACGACCCGGCCGCCAACGAGACGCUCUUCUACGAGCCGCUGGACCUGGACGACCACACCUCCAACCUGGGCUACAUGAAGAUCAACAGCCUCAAAGUGUUCGGCUACAGCAUGCACUUUGACCCCGAGGGCAUCAAGGACCUGAUCCUGCAGCUAGACUACCCGUACACACUGGGUUCGCAGGACGCCGCCUUCCUCAUGCUGCUGGAGAUGCGCGACCGCAUCAACAGGCUGUCUCCGCCAGGACCGGGCGGCCAGCCCCUGGACCUCUUCUCCUGCCUGCUCCGGCACCGGCUCAAGCUGUCGGCCAGCGAGGUGGCACGCCUCCGGGACUCCCUGCAGAGCUUCAGCGCCAGGCUGCCCAACUCCCCGGAGCCUGAGCUGGGGCAGUUAUGCAGCUAGCCUGGACAAAUCCCUCUGGCACGCAUGUGUGUGUUGUUUGUGUUUCAGUGUGAGUGUUGUGUGUGUGUGUGUGUGUGUGUGUGUGUGUGUGUGUGUGUGUGUCUGUGUUUGUGUGCAAAAAAACAAAUUCACAAGUGUGUCUCUGGCCACGCUAACCGCGAGCAGGCAAACAUGAAGCGUUUGGGGACAAUUCUGGAGGACUGUGUGGGUAUCUGUGUGGGGGCGGCCUGAACUGAUUGUCCACACACUGGCUGUUCGGCAUCACAAAACAGUGGAGAUUUGUCAUCCUCGAGUCAUAGCACACUGCAUAUAAAUGGAUCUCUGGACUUGAGACUCAAUCUGAGGACAAAAAAAGGCCUUCAAAAAAGAGAUUUUGCAAUGGAUUGCUUGUUGAUUAUUAUGUUACAGAGGUGGAAAAGGGAAGAAAAUGAAUCGCUAUGGGAAGCACUUGUUUUCUCUGUCACAAUACACUGCAGGUUAUUUUUUCAUUUUAUCAUUAUUAUGUUUGGAAUGGAAUAACCACAUAGAGCAUCAGCCCAGGAGGAAAGAAAAAUAGCUAAACGGUCAAACAGUGAUAACAAUCGAUAUGAAAUUUGCAUUCUUCAUUUUCUGUGUCAUCUUGAUAAAUCCUGUACAGCGAAAUGUAUAAUUGAUCUUGAAUUUGGAUUGAGAUGCCCUGAUGUAUUCAGAGACAUGGCUACACCAAAUGUUCUGCUUUAUGCUGAACAUAAUGGCAAAUGUCUGUUUUUUAACGUUCCAAGGAAAUCACUUUUGAGAUUGUAAUGCUACUGAGGAUAUUGUUUUGAAGAGGCCUGUUGACAGCUUUGUAAAUAUUGCUUUAUCUUAUUUCAAUUGUUAUAGUUGCAUUGCAUUGCUUUUUUGGGAUAAAUUAUAAAUGUGAAAUUCGUACUUUUUGAAAGUACAAAGACCAAAAGCAUCUACUGAAAAAAGGAGCAGCGUCCAAUGCCUUAUGAAGUGGAGUCUUUGUUCAGAUAUUGAAGCACACUCGUUUUUCUAUCUGCAUCCAAGCAUCUUUUGUUUUUCUCGCAAACAAUGUUUUGCUGCAUAAUUGCAAUAUUUUUAUGUUAACGGUGAAUUUCAUAACAGCACCAUUAUGACACGUAUGGAAUUAUAAAGCUCAAAUUGUUGUUGCGAUCAUAUUGGUGGUUCUAUCAUAACUUCUGUACAGAUUCAUUGUGGUCAUGUCAUGCUGUCUCUUUCUCUGGGUGUGUGUAUGUAAAACUGAAGACAGCAUUUUAACAUAAUGCCAGUCAUUGCCAGUUUAAUGAAUUUGGUGAGAAGUUGCUGACAACCAAGAUCUCAAUGAAGAGAGUUCACUUUUGGGUGCUACUCUCUUUUGCCACCAGAUACUUACUGUAGAGCUCUCAGUAUUAUUCAGCUGUCGUGCCAUCAGUCUUUUAUUUAUUACAGAAACUCACCUUAUAUGACUACAGCCUCUGACCUGGUAUGCCUCUGGAAGCCUCUGGAAGCCUUCAUCUCAUUCUGAAUUUCCCAGUUUCUUCUUAUUUCCUCUGUCUGUAUGCACACAGAUUUGCAUUUGAGGUCCUUUCUAUAAAAAUAUAUAAAUAAAACUUAGAGUUGUAUGAUGACAAGGUUACAAGCCCGCUGAAAGCUGCACAUUUAGCUAAUGGUGGUCUGGAGCAGGCUUAUUUGAUUUUGAAUUUUUUAGGACGGCAGAUUAACUUCUCUGGAUGUCCUCUGAUGGCCACCUCAGUUGCUUGGCAUGCUGAGACAGGAUAUGUGCCAAAAAAGAGAUUUUCUCUCUUUUAAAGCCUUUUUUUAUACCUGAGGUCAUUUAUCACUCCACUAAUCACAAUUGAAACUGCAUUCACACCAUUUUUGUGAGUUUUAUAAACGUCAUAAUACGUUAACCAAUUUGAUACUUCAUAAAAUGUUGAACAUUAUAUGGCAAAAUUUGACACACAAUAUGUUUUAACCCUCUUGCGGCAAAUUUGAAUUGGAAAAUAUAUGCCGUUUCAAGCAGGAUAGUGGUCCUAUUAUGCAGCACAAGGCAAGGCCUCUGCCAAAAGUUGACACCAAGAUAGAUAGAUAGAUAGAUAGAUACUUUAUUGAUCCCCAGGGGAAAUUUAAGCCUCUUUGUCACAUUAUGCCACAUUUCCCAUUCUUUCUGAAUAGCUUCAAUGUCAGACUAAAUUCUUCAGAUGGGAAGCAUACAGAGUUACUGAACACAUUGUUUAUCCGAGGAUCACUUUCAGCUGAACCCCCACACUUCAGCUAAUCACAGAGGUGUUGAAGGAUGAACAAUCAAUCAUCAAGACCCUGAGAAACAUUCAUUGCCUCCCUCGAGAUAUUUAACAUCAUAAAGUAUUUGAAUAUUUUACCGUUCAUAGAUUUAUGAUGUUUGGAGUGUCAGGGGCAUGAUUACUUUGAUAUACUGGCACUGCACAAUGUAAAAUUAGAAUCAUGCUCAGCUGCAACUGGGACUAUUUGUAAUUCUAACACUGUUUACUUACCGUCAAUUUGACUCUCACAAAAGACUGAACAAGCUUUGACAAGGACGAGGAUAAAAUGCUGGAUGAAGGCAUUACAUUACAUUACAAAAUUCCUAAGCAUUUGUUGAACUUAGUGUGUGUAUCCUAUGAGUAGCGGCUAUCUACAUGCAAAUUGGAGAAUUAACCUCUAUUCGCGUCAAGCCAAGCUCCUUAUGUACACAACAGGAGGGUAUUCUCAGAAAAAAGGGGAUCAAAUCCAAGUCUUUAAUUCAAUUUCUCAAAAAAAAACAGCUUUUCCAUCAUGCAUAGCCUGCCAGGAAAAGUAUUAUAUCACAUCAUCCAGAUGCUCAAUAAAACUUUAAAUUCCUUCAAGUCAGCAGGGGGUGGACCAAACAAGUGUGUAUUUGGCCCCUCGCGCUGUUUUCAAAUUUGCUGCAUUGCGCUGUCAUUCGCUCAGCCUUGAUGCUCUCAGAGGCGGUCAUUACCAUGGCUGGGCAGCUCCUAUCCUCACAAGCGAGUCCAAUUGGACAGGCUGAUGUGGCAUGGUGACCUGGGAAGAGGGAGGGAGAGAGACAACAUGAGCAUGGACACACGCUGAGCACUAGGAUCACCGGCCAGUGCUGACGAAUGUUGCUAAGCAUGGUAUCCAGGAUGGUGGGCAGCAGUGGAUGACCACCCCUCCACACAUACACAAACAGACACACUCACCCCUGGAUAUUUUCCCCUCCAUUUGACUGGAAAUGACAUGUCUGCCAUUACAUCUUUGGUCAGAUUUUUCUAGUUCUUCAAACAUUAAGAGUUAGAAGUGAAUUUGUCAUGGAUUUGUUGAGAUUUUGAGAGCUAAUGGGGCAGGAAAAAAUUAUUUGGACGCCGGGUCUUGCUUUCUUUUGUUAAUUCAACCAUUUUCUGUUCAAAAAAACACAAAACUGUCCAGCUAUGCCACUACUGAAGUUGUUGUUUAAAACUGGUGUUUGAUCAUAGUAUCUCUACUGUACGGUGCCAUUAAACACAUUUGUGACGAGACUCUUUUUCCCCUGUCAAACUUCAGCUAAAUGCUUGUACAUGCAAGAACUCAAUAAGCUCUGUUUAAUCCAACAAAACUGUCACUAUUGAUGUUUUUUUUUAAUGAAACUGAGGUUAUUCCUCCCAAAUGCCUUCGACUACAGUGCAUUGUCAGAGUGGGACAUAGGUUUGCCUUUCCAAAGGCCUGAUUGUCCAGAACCAAAGUGCUGAAUGUAAAUACCCUUUGGGAGACUCCCCUCAUUUCUAUCAGAGAUAGAACGGCUCGGAGACCAGCAUGAGCUAUCGGCAUGCUAUCCGGCCAGUGGGUUUCUAUUUGCUGGUAUGACACCAAUCCACCUAUUUGUAAUUGUGUACAUAAUGCUACUCACACAGACAUGCCAACCUGCCAAAUGUUUGGCCAAGUAAUGAGACAUUGAACUUUAUACUCCUCUUGUUUGAUCAAAUCUAUUUGUUGGUCUAAAUGUUUUAUCAGGAUGUACAUGUUCUUAUAAUAAAUAAUAAAAAAGUGGCCCUGACUAUA